ACUUACUAUCGAUAGCGUAACAAGACAAUGGCAAUGUCACCAUCUCAUGGCGCCGCAACGUUAUCCAAACCACUUUCGUUGUUACUAAAAACACUCUCUCCUGCACAGAGAUGCGAGAUGAUCGCAAUCAUAGUCGGGGGACAUAUCCAGCAGACUGCUUCCAUCGACAAACGAAGAAAUGUCUCCAGUGCUAUGGGCACGCCAACCACUACAACGUCGUCCAUCGUCCUUUUACUGUUACUGUUCGCACUUCCGAUGGUACUGCAGGUCUUGGGGUCAAUGUCAACGCUUCGACAAGAAUGUGGAAGAAGCGUUAGAAGAUCGAGACAACCUAGAGCCGAGGUACUGGGAAGAAUUAUCAAUGGAAAGCAAAGUAUUCGUGGGGCGUGGCCAUGGCAAGUAUCACUUCAACUAUUACAUCCCCAAUUUGGAUUUUUGGGGCACUGGUGUGGAGGUGUUAUGAUUUCUUCUGAAUGGCUGUUGACAGCGGCACAUUGUAUUAAUAAUGACCUUUUUAACCUACCACUAGCAGCUUUAUGGACUGCAGUUGUGGGAGAAUGGGAUCGUGAAGUAGAAGAAUACUCGGAGCAGAGGAUACCCGUGGAAGAGGUCAUCUUGCAUGAGAGAUUUCACAAUUUUCAACAUGAUAUUGCUCUCAUGAAACUGUCCCGUCCGGUGAAAUUUACAAAGGAAAGCAGAGUUCGAGCGGUUUGCUUACCAUCCACCAGACUGCUGAGCAACCAAACGGAUCUGUGUUAUGCUACAGGAUGGGGAAGGGCUUCAGAAGAUGGAAUGCUGUCAAUCAGGUUAUUGGAAUCUAGGGUUCCAGUACACGACAAUGCAGUUUGCAGAAAGAAGUAUGGCCAUGCUGUCCAUAUUAAAUCUGGACAUCUGUGUGCAGGACAUCUUGAUGGAUCUAGUGGAACUUGUGUGGGUGACUCAGGUGGUCCUCUGCAAUGUGCCAUGCAAGAUGGAAGAUGGAUCCUAGCUGGAAUCACUUCAUUUGGUUCAGGAUGUGCCAAGCCUGGAUUUCCCGAUGUUUAUACCCGAUUAUCCUAUUACUUGCCAUGGAUAAAAUCCAAAACGAGAUCUCUACGACGAACUGGAAGGGAGAGAAAGAUAUAGAAUGAGAUAAAUUUUGUUAAUAUAUUUUAGGAACGGAGAAUGUAAUAAGUUAGUCUUUCAUUAAAAUCUAAUAGAUUUUUUACCGAGUCACAAGGUAAAGAUCAGAGCAGUUUUUUUGUUAUUUAAAAUAUUUAGAUGCAAUAUUUUUAUUUUAGCAGAUUUAAACUCACGUUUUAGAGAAAACAGUCUUCGUACUAUACGGGUUGCAAUAUUACUAUUUUUAGUUAUUAUAUUUGCCCGAAUUGAUAGUAUAGGAAGUUUUGUUACAUCUAUAUCAUUUUUGAACGUUUAGCAUCUAUAUCAGUUUACAUAACAAACAGAACGUGGUUGGGUUUGUUGCACCUCCCAACAUUACUAGUACUCUAACGAGCCCUGCAUCAAGAAAUAUUGUACCGUACCUACUUUGAGUGAGGCAUUUCUGCAACCCUGGGAAAUUGCAUAGAACGUGUUUCGCCUUCUGGUUAUCAACAAGGCAGAAUCUGCACUUUCUGUCAGUCCCAUUUUGUUCAUGGGUCCCUUGAGACGACAGCAUUCUGUUAGGAGGCCUACGAUAGUUCGUAGAUCCUUCCUCUUCGUAUCUAAUAUAUCUUUAAAUCUCUCCUUAAAAAGUUCAUGUCCAAAAGCUUCAAAAUUUUUGAGACCCAUUUACU